GUGGGAUCUGCAUCGCUCAGUCCUUAAAGAUCCCUCACAAUCACAAGCAGGAGAACUUCGACAAGAUCAUCAGGCUGCUUCUGGAGACUCGUUACGCCCGGGCAGUCGUCCUCUUCGCCUCAGAUGAGGACAUACGGGGUAUCCUGAAUGCCAGUAAGAGAGCGGACCAGGUGGGUCAUUUCCUGUGGAUCGGUUCAGACAGCUGGGGAGCCAAGAACAGCCCUGUCCAUCAGCUAGAAGAAGCAGCAGUGGGAGCUGUCACUAUCCUGCCAAAGAGAGCAACCAUUGCCGGGUUUGAUGCCUACUUCACAUCGCGGACGCUAGAGAACAACAGGAGAAAUGUCUGGUUCGCAGAAUACUGGGAGGAGAAUUUCAACUGUAAACUGAUGAGCUCUUCCAAGAAGGAAGACACCAGCCGGAAAUGCACAGGCCAGGAGCGGAUCGGGACGGACUCUAAGUACGAACAAGAGGGGAAGGUUCAGUUUGUGAUCGAUGCGGUGUACGCCAUGGCCCACGCCCUUCACAACAUGCAGAGAGACCUGUGUCCCGACGUCUCUGGGAUCUGUCCCGAUAUGGACUUGGCCGGGGGCAAGAAACUGCUCAAGUAUAUCCGCAGUGUCACAUUCAAUGGAAGUGCGGGGACGUCAGUGAAUUUCAACAGGAACGGUGAUGCUCCGGGACGUUACGACCUGUUCCAGUAUCAGAUCAACAACAACAGUUCCCCGGGAUACAAGCACAUUGGACAAUGGACAGAGACAUUACAGCUCAACAUCGAGGACAUGCAGUGGCCUAAUGGACAGACAGAGAUCCCCAGCUCUGUGUGCAGUCAGCCCUGCAAGACAGGAGAGAGGAAGAAGACAGUGAAAGGCAUGCCGUGUUGCUGGCACUGUGAACCCUGUGAUGGCUACCAGUACCAGUAUGAUGAAACAUCCUGCAAGCUGUGCUCCUACAGCAUGAUGCCCAACCCCAACAGGACGGCAUGUCAGCCCAUCCCCAUUGUGAAGCUGGAGUGGCACUCCCCUUGGGCAGUGAUCCCCGUCUUCCUCGCCAUGCUGGGCAUCAUCGCCACCAUCUUCGUCAUGGCAACCUUCAUCCGCUACAACGACACGCCCAUCGUCCGUGCGUCGGGCCGUGAGCUGAGCUAUGUCCUCCUCACCGGGAUCUUCCUCUGUUACAUUAUCACCUUCGUCAUGAUCGCCAAACCCGACGUCGCCGUCUGCUCAUUCCGCCGGAUCUUCCUGGGUCUGGGCAUGUGCAUCAGCUACGCCGCGUUACUCACCAAGACCAACCGGAUCUACCGGAUCUUUGAAGGAGGUAAGAUGUCGGUGACAGCACCCAGGCUGAUCAGCCCGACCUCCCAGCUGGCCAUCACCUCUUCCCUCAUUUCCGCUCAGCUACUGGGUGUCUUCAUUUGGUUCGGUGUGGAUCCCCCUAACACCAUCGUCGACUACGACGAACAGAAGAGCAUCAACUCAGACCAGGCUAGAGGAGUGUUGAAAUGUGACAUCACGGAUCUGCAGAUUAUAUGCUCGCUGGGUUAUAGCAUCCUACUCAUGGUCACGUGUACGGUGUACGCCAUCAAGACGCGGGGUGUCCCGGAGAACUUUAACGAGGCCAAGCCCAUUGGAUUCACCAUGUAUACCACCUGUAUAGUCUGGCUAGCCUUCAUACCCAUUUUCUUUGGGACAGCGCAGUCCGCAGAAAAGCUAUAUAUCCAGACACCACCCUCUGUAUCUCUAUGAAUCUUAGUGCCUCGGUGGCCUUGGGGAUGCUUUACAUUCCUAAAGUCUACGUCAUCAUCUUCCACCCGAGCUUAAUGUCCAGAAG